AUGGUUAGUGCCACUGUAAGCUUACUUGGACUUACAGUCUUUAUUUCUUGCCUUGGACUUAUGGGUAAUGUAUUUUUAAUCGUCUCCAUCCUACAAACCAAGUUCUCUCGAGUUAAAUCCUUUGAGUUGUUUCUUUUGGGACUUGCUUCUGCCAACUUUGAGGAAAUUGUCAUCGUGAAUAUCUACGACAUUAUAAUUCAUCAGACCUUCAUCACCACAACAACUUUCGGUGGCAAUUUGCUGUGUCGCUUCUUGAAGUUUCUCACUGUGUUUGGGGAAAUUUCCAGCAUCCUCUUUACCAUCCUCAUCAGCAUCUAUCGCUACCAGAAGCUGAGAAACGCCACCAAAAGAGUCAACCUGAUGACCUUCUUGGACAGCAUCAGGUCAGCCUGGAUGGUCAGCGGGGUCUGUGUGCUGCUCGCGAUACUUCUGAGUGUCCCCAACUUUAUCAUCAGUCCUCAGGGCCCUGCAGAAAAUAUCACAAAGAACAGCAAUACUUGCCCUCCAGACUUCUUCCAGUGUAAUCACAAUGACUGUCCCAUCCUUAAUAAAAUCUACAAAUACAUCUUCAUUGUAAUGUGCAAUUUGCUGCCUCUCAUUAUCGUCACGGUAACCGGCAUCCUCAUCAUCAUGGUGCUGCUGAGACAGAGGUGGACGGUGCAGCCGACGGAGAGCAUGAGCGGGUCGAGUCAGUUCAGGAAGAGUACGCAGUUGAAGUUUCAGAAAAGCACUGUAACUGUACUUGCAGCCAUGACUCUGUUUCAGGUGGAUUGGACUCUCUACCUGAUCUUUCACUUGACUUUUAGCCCCAAUGACUUCCCUUUUUGGGCUGAUGUGGAGUUUUUUAUUUCUACUUCCUAUACAUCAAUCAGUCCGUAUGUGUAUGGUAUAGGGUCUAAUCUGUUUUCUCUCAAGAACUUGUCAAAAAAGUGAAUAACAUUUUCAUCCUGAUCUGGUUGUCUUUCAGAAAAUAUCCUGUUUUGUUAAUUAUAAACAGUUAUCAAUCAAUAGACUUUAUUUAUAUUCCAGUGCUUUAAACUAAUGUUAAUACCAGGUCUUUGUACCAAUCACCCAGCUGUGUAAGUCAUUGAUACUGAAUGGUAUAACAAUCAAUAGUAAUUCUAGUUCCAAGAGGUAUAACCAGUCACACCUAGCACAUUGAUAAAUUUUAUGAUUUCACCUCCUGCCGGCAAAUGUACAAAAACAAAACAAAAAAAACAUUACUUCUGUAAGGGAGGUGUUCAAUGUUAAAGAUAUUUUAGUAGCUAUUGAUCAAGUUUUAUUUGGAGGGCAAAACAUUUUAGAUUUGGGACUGAUGGCUGAUCAGUCAACAGCAGAGAAACAUACAACUGUGAGGGAUGUUAAAACACAGAAGGAGCUGAGUGGAGGAGCUACAGACCAAAUUAAGAACAAAAAACCCUGAAGCAACCAAAACUGCAACACAGUAUGGGCUUUGGCAGUGUUACAGGACUGGUUCAAUGCCAGAAGAAAAUGCCAACAGACAAGUUACAAGGAAGAGAACCUUCUACAGGUAUUGUUGUUAUUCUCUUAAAGGUUGCCAACAGAAGAACAACUCUGAUGUUUUGACUUUACUGUAGAGAAAAUGUUACAUUCUGUGUGAUUUAUAAAAGAAAACCAGGCUGAUGUGGAGGUUUUAACAUGUUUAUAAAUGUUUAAUCUAAUGUUAGUUCAAACUACAAGAACAAUGUUGCUGUAAAUGCUUCCAGUCUUCACAUCUAAAGCACUAUACAAGUUCAAUAAAUUAGUUUUAAAGCUCCUGUGAGGGAUUUUUUACAUGCUGAAAUUCAAAUCCAUGCCUUUUUCUCAUAUACAAAAACAAACAAAAGCAUCAGCAGCAAGAUUGAUGAGUUUUAUGUUGUAAUUUUUGAUGCCUUAAACUGGUGUGAGGGGGUAGGUGUCAGCCGAACAGCUGAAGAAGCACCCCUGUUUUUGAAAUUCCCAUGUAAUACUUACAGUAAAUAAAUAUAUUUGACUUUCAAAGUCAGAAAGUAGAAUUUUUUUCUCAGAAGAUACAGUUUUAGUAUGUAGAGGUGCCAUUUUGACACAAACUGAAAGUUACUCACAGGAGCUUUAAUGGUGAGGCGUAUUUAGCGGCAUUAAGCUGUACAAACUUCAUCAGACUGCAUCUCUUUGUUGUGAUUUUAGACCUGUUAAGUCUAGUGUGAAACUAAACAGUCACUCAGUUUGUAUCACAUUUGACCUUCAACAGCACAGAGGAAGUGGCUUUUUAUGUUCAGAAAACUAAAUAUUUUCUCUCUGAGGCUCUCUCUUACAGUCUGGCAGUAGGAGGAGGGCAAUCAAACCUUAUGCAGAGCAGUGUAACCCAAAAUAAACCAAAGAACUAAGAAGUCUCUGCUGUUCUCUGACAAAGACAAACUCACACAUUGCCUUGUUUUUCUUCUUAAUGGAAUUCUACAUUAAACAACUGUGCAAGCAUAUGGUUAUACAUAUGCAUACUUUUGUACAGUCACCUUACAAAUACACUUGACCUGUGUCCAAUGAAACAAGAGGAAAUUCUGUCCUCUGUGUCAUCUGGAGAUAAAGAACAAACAGCGAUAAGAUUCAGACACCUUUCUCUGUUCUCUGCUCCUCUACUGAUUUAAUGUAAACAGCUGUUUGAGGGUGAAACGUGUAGAUGUAGUCAAUUGGGACUGAAAUGGUAAAUUAUUCACAAACCACCUCUUGAUGUGAAAAAUGUCCAGGUUGAAUGAAAAGGCAUGAUCCUAUUCAACAGCCAUGUUAGGAGGACAUUUUCUAUAACUCAAAAUUAAAAAUCUUAAUGCAGUUUUUACAUUUGCAAAGUGUGGUCUGAGGUUAGGCUAUAAGGACAACACUUAAAAUGGCUCUUUGCUCCAGUUGAAAACUGAUGUAUGACAUUUGCCACACACAGAGGAUGUGACUAUCUAUGAAAGGUAAGUUGAAAUGAAAUCUCAUCUAAUACAAGUUUAAAUUUACCCAUACAUUUUAAACAGCUAUUUGAAAAACACCUUGUGAAUUUCUAACAUGUGUAAAUUACUUAAAGCUCCACGGUAACAUAUUGAAAAGCUUCAGAGGGUAAAUAAUUCAACAAGGGAGCUCUGAUAAACAGUGUUCCCGCCACGGCUACAGCGUGCAGACCUGGUGAUUACUCUCCUCUGUUGUGACAUCUUGAUUUGCACCCUGAACAAAAUCCAAGCAAAAUAUGAAUCACUUUCAAACUUCGUAUCAUGUCCAGGGCCCAAAUUUAAAAGCAGUCCUUUAUUAAGUCUAGUUUUUGAGUGGUGAUGAUGGACUAAAUAUCAUGCCCGUCGGUGGCAAUUUUAAACUUGGUUUGACAGCUGUGACACAACUCACAGAGGCAAUACAAAGCCUGUGCUUUAGUCUUUCUCCGUGCUGUCACUGCAAAUUUUAUGUCACUGACAACACAAUUUGAUAACUGUCAGGGAACUUUACAUUGUUUCAUAUAUUAAAAAAACACAAGAUGGGUCUUUUCCACUUCUUGAAUAUUUUAAACUUUUUUUUUGCUGUAUCCUUAAUUCAGCCAAAAAAUGAAAAACAGAGAAAGAGGGGAGUUACAUGAUGGGAUCAACAAUCUAAAAGACCAAUGACUGAGAAAUUAGUAUUUAAAAAAAAAUUAUAAUAAAUAAAUUAAAGGAAAAAUUAUUAGGGUUUUCACUGUUCACAGAUUUUGGCUCUAUACUACCUCUAUAAUGUUAAUUUGAUCAUGUUCCAUUUCUUAAGCUGCUUUUUGAAUAUUUCACACCAAGCAUGUUUAAAUUAUGCCUUAUUUUUCGGUCUCUGGAAAUAUUUUUUGCUCCUGAAGAAAAUGACAGCUGGAACUGCAAUGUACUGGAAUAAAGUGAAAUGAAAAGAGAAGUCACUGCCAAGUGUUGCCUCAAACAAAGUGAUACUGCACUGCAUCCAAAUAGACCCGUGGUGAUAAAUAGAACAUCUUCCAGACUCUGCUUCAAAUACCCGAAGAUCGUGCAUAAAAAAUAAAAUUAAUGUGCCAAAAUUUGACAAACUGCGCGGGAGGAUUUCCUCCGCAGAAACGGUUGCAGCCUAUCGCCGUGGGUCCUCCACGUGGAGCACAAAGGACGAGGAUGUUCAUGUGGGUUUCGUUCCCACUUCCUUGUUAUCGUGAGACUCCGCCCUGCUGGUCUAAAACAGAUUGUAUUAUUAUUUUUUGUUUGUAUUGUUUGUGCCCGAGUAAUUCCUAACAGUACAGGGUAAGUACCAGGGUUUAAAUUCAACUUUAUGAUUUUUGUAAGAGGUCACAUGAUUUUAUGAUGUUUAAUUUCAGUCCCACAUCCAGAAUGCUCAAACCUCUCACACAACAUCUUAUUAUUUUCGAGUCAAAUUUAAGAAUUUGAACCAAGCACACGGACGUUUUAAACACAUUUAUGAUGCAUUCUCACUAUAUUUUAUUCUUUAAUAUUUGAGUUUGCCACCUCUGUCAAACUUGUUUGAUACUUCACUUACACCUUACCUUACUGAAGACAUUUAUGAACCUCAAGUUGGCACAAAUAAAUUGCAGAUAGGGUCUAAAUUAUUCAAUUAGUAUAAAAUUAUGUGACAGUAUAAGACCUCAAUUGUCAUUCACAGUGCUGUAGCUUAUUUUAAAGGGGUUCUUGAAACUGGCAUGAUGUAUAAAUCUGACGUUAUGAAGGUUGGUGGAGUCUCACUGCCACCCACAGCAAUUGAUAACAAUAACACUUAAGUUCUGCUAAGACUUGGUUGUAGGUUACUAUAUUAACACUUAUAUGCAAUGGUUUAAUAAUUUUAGAUCCUCGUUCAUAUCCUGGCGUCGACGCGAGGCAAAGAAACUACUACACGGUUGGCUGUUCGUGUUAAAUAAUUUGGGCUUCACAAUAUUAGCGACAAACUCCGACCAAUAACAACGCAACGAACAAAGGUAAGUGCAGUAAUGUAAAACUAUUGCGUCUCUUUAUUUCUUUAACCGCAAUUACGCUUUGUUUGGAUAAUAUUGACUCUUGAGACGCGAAGUCUCGCUGCCAUCUUAGAGACAAAGCAGUUAACCGUGUCUUGCGGUAUGCCUCAAGUUCUGAAAGAAUGAACGGAGAUAUUAACGCCGAAAUUAAACACAUUAUUGUAUAACUGCUGAUGUGUUUCGCUCUAUUUGUCAAAUGUGACCGAAUAUUUAUUUAUUUCGUGUUUGUUUGAAAAUAUUUGAAGCCAUUUUGGAAAAAAAAAAAAAACAACUGUCCGGUAAAGUCUUCAGAGGCUGUCCACGGAUUGGCUACUGGAGCCCAACCGCCAUGGUAGAGGUGUGACGUCACAGCGCGAGAGCACGGAUGUGUGUGUGUGUGAGUGUGUGUUUGUGGGAGAAACAGGGGCUGUGAGUAGAAGAGUGUAUGAGUGUGUGUACGUGAGUGUGAAUGGAAAGGUGAAAGAAGUGAAGGAAAUACAGAAGAAGGAAGGGAAAGUCAUUCAAUUCAUGUCGUGAAAUUUCCACGCAAACUUUGCAGGGAGAGUUGUCCUUACCGGUACGCGGAGGUGGGGAACAAGCGAGAGAGGGGAGAAAAAAAAACCCGGGAUGGUGGACACCCGCGUCCCUCUCGCUGGCGGCCCGGGUAUCACGCGCCAUUGAAGGGGGUUGAUACUGUGCAUGCGCUUUGGCUUCCACUGAGGAGUGCACGCUCGGGUCGGUCGAUGCGAGCACACACACUGGCGUGGCUCUCGGCCUCCAUUUGCCAGUUUGUGUUUACGUUCGAGGGAUUCGGCGAGACCCCCCGACCCACGGCUUCGACGGCGUGCAACAGUUGGAAUCUCGCGCGGAAUAUUGAGAUUAUUUCACCAACGGUCGGCACGAGGCACAGGGAACGUCUGUUGAAAAGGUGA